UUGUAGUGUUUUGUUUAAAAGGGGCCAUCACAUCUUUGCGUAUCAUCACGGACUCACUCACCAACCCUACCAAAACUGAAAAUCCUCACCAUUCUCUUAUUCCCUCUCUCUUUUAGAUUGAUGUGUAACAGCCAGUGGAUUGACUGAAGCAGGAGAAAGGCACAAGAGGCAGCCAGCCAAAAACUACCAGACUCAGAGAACAAUUCCAUCUUCAAGACUCAGAAAAACCCCAUCAUGACCUCCAGUCAAAUGUUCUUCUUCUGCUUGAUUUUGCUCAUCAUUAUAGUUAUCUGCAGUGUUGGACUCCAUCUGGAUUCUUCAAGCAUGUCUCUGCAUUCAGUGCAUGGAGAUGACAACCAGAACUCCACAGCAGCAGUGAUCAAACCAGCCCAAGUGUACUCAAACUACAGAAAGCUUCUGCUCCAUGGGACAUGCACAAACAGAGAUAUCAGCAUCUCACAGAGCAGAGACUCAUCUUCUGGGAUUCCACAGUACAUAGUUCAGAUUGUGAAUACAUGUGUUUCUGGAUGUGCUCCUUCAGAUAUCCAUCUCCAUUGUGGCUGGUUUGCCUCUGCAAGAAUAGUAAACCCAAGAAUCUUCAAGAGGCUCUUCUAUGAUGACUGCUUGGUGAAUGGAGGAAAGCCUUUAAAGACCAGUCAGAUCAUCAGAUUCACUUACUCAAACUCCUUCAUGUACCCACUUGCAUUCAAGUCUGCCAAGUUUUGCUGAUGAGCUCAAAUAAAUUCAAAUGAAAAAUAAGACCACAAGGAAUUGCACCACCAUAACCACAGAGAUCCAUCAGAACCCAAAUGUCAGAACCCAAGCAGAGGAACAAGCAUGGUCUCAGCUUUUUCCACAGCCUAGUACAUAGCCCACUCAGCCUAUAUCUCUUUGCUUUAAUUUUUUUUUUUCUUUUUCGAAACCCAGUUUGAGUUUCUUUUCUCUAUUGAUGUUUUUUCUUUGAUAAAUAUAUAACUUUGUGGUUGUGAA